AUGGCCUCGCGGGGACUCCCGGAUUUCGCCGUCUUCGCCGCUGCUGUCUUGGUGGCGGGCACCGUGAGCUCGCCGCUCGUGGCCCCGGACAGUGGUGGCAGCCACUCACUGCACUCCAAAGCAGAGACGACCCCGUCGCCCACUGACAGUGCCGGGAGUGGGCACCCUGAAUACAUUGCCUAUGUGCUUGUCCCCGUGUUCUUCAUCAUGGGGCUGUUUGGCGUCCUCAUCUGCCACCUGCUUAAGAAGAAAGGCUACCGUUGUACCACAGAAGCCGAGCAAGAUGAGGAGGAGAAGGUUGAAAAGAUAGAGCUGAAUGACAGUAUGAAUGAAAAUAGUGACACCGUGGGGCGAAUCGUCCACUACAUCAUGAAGAAUGAAGCAAACGCUGACGUGUUGAAGGCCAUGGUAGCAGACAACACCAUCUGUGACCCUGAGAGCCCCGGGACCCCCAGCACCCCCGGGAGCCCGCCCGUGAGCCCCGGGCCCUUGUCCCCAGGUGGCACGCCAGGGAAGCACGUCUGCGGCCACCAUCUGCACACAGUGGGCGGCGCUGUCGAGAGAGAUGUGUGUAAUCGGUGUAGACACAAGAGAUGGCACUUCAUAAAACCGACCAGCAAGUCCAAAGAAGGCCGCCCGAAGCGCCAGGGGGAGGUCACCGUUCUGUCCGUGGGCAGGUUUAGAGUUACGAAGGUGGAACACAAAUCCAAUCACAAGGAGCGGAGAAGUUUGAUGUCCGUCAGUGGGGCUGAGAGUGUCAAUGGGGAGUUGCCUGUGACCCCUCAGAAGAGAGAACGGAGAGGUACAGAGUAG